AUGCUGCUGCCUUUUCAGAGUCUCUUCUUCGCGACUUGCUUGUGCUUUCAUGCGUACGCGUCCCAGCAACAUCUGCUUUCGCAACCCCAUCGUCACCCGGACCGUCCUGACAAUCUCACCGCCCCGUUCAUUUUCAACUCACUAGCGUCUCUCCUCAUCCAAUGGCCUAAUACAUACCACGGAAAUGGGCAUACGAUUAUCCCAGGUAUCAUUAAACCAUACACCCUCCUGUAUCAUGCACGUAAAGAUGCAAACCUCCCUCCGUCUCCGGAAUGGUUCGCCUUUGACCCAGAGAUGAGCUUUGGCAUCAUGGGCGGACGCGGAGGGAGUACCUUCAUGUCUACCUAUAGAACCGUUCGUCCUGCUAGAGUUGUCUAUUUUGAUGGCAUGAGCGCGGCUUUGAGUGACUUGGGAUGGCUCGAUAGCCAGGAGGUUUUCCUUGCCGGGAGAGGUAGGGCUAACGAGUCGGACCAGUAUCCAUCUCGAGAUGAAUACACCCGUAUAACCAAGCUCUGCAAAUGGGCGGAGACAGUCGACCUGGACGGCUUCGUGCGUAUGAAUGCCGGCUUCGAAGUUAUGUGGUGUGAUUUCGACUCGCCUGUCAUUCAACUCGUGAGUCAUCUGAAUAUCACGGCUCCUGGUAGUACCCCUACCUCUGGCCGGGACAUGCCUCCGCCAGGAGGAGGAAGAACACCAGGCAAAGACGCACCUGACCGACCUACAAGGGGCCGACCAGGCGGAAGCAGGCCUCCAUUUAACUUUGGCUGGUCGCCUCUCGGGGCAACGGGCUUCUCUGAAUGGCUCCGUGUCGCAGCACAGCGCGGUACAAUUCCACAGCCUCAUGUUGAGCUCGAUUAUUCCUCGUUUGUCACAUUCUAUCACCCUCGCCUCCAAAGUCUUGUCAAGGCGCGCGAGGGUCAAAGUGUGCGGCAGCACCGUAUCUGGAAUAACAUUUCUACCGCAGACGCGCAAUCAAUAAGGGAUGAGGUAGAAGAGACACUGCAACGCCCACCCUGGCGCCGAGGUGGCAGCGGUAUGGACUGGGGCGCGCUCGCGCGAAACGUCGUGGAAGAGUGGGCAAGCCGGAUUAUACAGCUUCACGAAUUUAUUGGGAAUACUUCAACCGCUCUGCGAGAGCAGACGCCUUUGAACACAACUCAAGCCGUUAUUGCAUUGCGCCGCUUGACGUAUUCACCGCUGAAUCCGUUCAUGGACACUGGCGCACCCAAUUCGACUGCUCACGACUGGGUCUAUAGUCCGGGUGCGUCUCUGGUAGAUAACGUUUUCCUCUUCCCUCCGCGGCACCCACUCCCCUCAGUAUCUAUGAACUCAUCGGCUCUACAGCGGUGUGUGUACUCUGCCACAGGGUUCCUCCACGAUCCGCGCAUACAUAAGACACCGCAGGAGGUACUUCUGCAGACGAGUAUUGAGACGGUCUUAGAGCGACUUUGCGGGGACUAUGCGGCAUUAUUUGUUGAGAGCAUGGAUGUUGAUGACCGCAUCUCGUCGCAAGACUUGUCGAGACUGAUAAAUUUAUGGGGAGCACGUGUAGAUCUCCUCAUGCAGUGGUUGGACUGGACAGAGUGGCACCGAUGUACUGAAGUUUGCCCCUUGGACAGCAUAUGCAGUAUGCCUAUGUGGCCACUGAGCGGUUUUAGGCGGGGACCACGAGGCGAACCUGGUGACGGGGGCGCAGAGGAACCAGAGGACGCGUGGAAGCCACGGUGUUUGAGCUUACUACCCGACCGUGGACCGUUUUCUUCAUUUGUCGAUGCUUGGGGCAGCGGAGACUUCUGA